GAUUUUGAACGUAAACUGAGAAGGACUUUAAGGAAAGGCGAUGUUGAUGAUAUCACUGACGUGUUAUCACCGCGGGCUCUUACAAAAUGCGACACCAAUGCGUUACUUAUGGCAAUGGAGGUGGGUCAUGAAAAAACAAAAUAUUCCUUUAUUUGUUGUUUGUUCUAGUAAAUUCUUCCCUCAUGAUCUACGUUAUGUGUUGUAGUUGCUUUUUUAUGAUUAAUAAUUCUAGUGAGGAUUUCGUAUGAAAACUUACUACUUGUUCUUCAGUCUUCCACGGCCGUGACAUGGCGAUUAUUGCACCUCUCUAAGGACGGCAAAAUAAUCAGCUAAAUGUACCUAUCCUUGCAUAUUGCUCAAAAUAGAGAGCUUAUUAGUUGAAAAAAAAUAUAUAUGUUCACAAAUGGCACCAACAGAAACGCCAGUUUAAAAUACUUUUUUGGUUUUCGGAUGCUACUAAAACGAGGAACAGGCACGUGGAACGGGAAAAUGAAAACAAGGCUGGGCAUUGCAAGUGAAGUCACUGAUAGGGCAAGGCUUCAAUUUAAGCUUUGUUCCCAUUUUUCUUUUCCCCGUUCCCUGCGCUUGUUCCCGGCUCCUUUCCCUCGUUUACGUAACAUCCUACAAUUCCAAAACCAAGAGAAGAUAAAGUUUAAAGCUUGUCAAAACUUAUUGCUUAUUUUAAAAACUUAUUAGCCUAUUGGUAAUCAAUAUAUCAAACGUUUAACAGCGAAAGCAACGACCUUAGCUAUCACUUUGAGCUAUCAAGAAUUUCGAAGAAGGUCUGGUUCUUGAAAAACAACAAACACACAAAUAAAACGUGACGUACAAACUAGAGACCUUCUAACCCAAAGGCCCCUUUACUGCCACAGGUAAAUUUCGAGCUCCGACGGUUAGCAGAACGAAAGGGACAAGACGAAGAUAACUUCACCAAGUUGGCAAACUCAGUGGACGAGUUCACCAAUUGCUUACUUGAGCCUUUGAAGACCGACAAAGAGGCUCGUUAUAUCUUCGGGGAGGCUCUGGAUUGUAUUGUAGAAGCUGGUAUCAAACGCGAGCAAAAGAAGGUGAUUUAAUUUUCUAGUGCUAUAACCAUGAGCAGUUGAGCUAAGUAGAUAUGGUUGCUUUUAUCACGAGAUUUCUCAUGGUGAACAAUGAUUUUUUGAGUUCUCCGUUCAGUCCUGAUGGUUUUACCUUUGAUUUUUCGUUAUAUUCGGUGUAUCUGGAUCGAAGAACAGUUUUUCAAAGUAGCUCUUGGGUUGCUACUGGGUUGAGUUAUGAUGAGAACUUUGUUUCACUGGCAUGGAAAUGUUGAAAAUGAACCCCUGAAAAAUAAAUUAGAUGGGAUAACAAGAUAUAACUCGAUUACAUUUUUAAAUAUUAACAAAAAACUUUUUUCUUGUGUGCAAACUUUUAUCGCAGUUUUUCGCUCAUCCAGUUGUGCAGAACUUAAUGAAGAAGAAAUGGUUCGGAAGAUUCGGUAAAAUGAAGAGAUCU